AUGACAAAGGUAGACUUUGAAAGACUCUCGAGGAGUAAGACAGCAUGGAGCAGAUAUGACCGGUCAGCUGGAGGAAUGGCGACGUAUAUAAGCGCCGAGGAUCGAGCAAGAGGAGUCCAGCCUCUCAAGGGCGGUGGCACAUACGGCGACUCGGGACCGAGUUGGACGGCACAAGUGUAUCUCUUCACCUUCGGAUCAGUCCUUUGUGCGCACCCUCUAUGGCCAUCUCCUUUUCACAUGAUAUCCACGCAAGGUGGAUUUGCGCACCUCUCGUCAACAAGAAAGACAGAGAAAAUGACAGAGAAUGGCAUUGACCCUUAUUACACACUGCAAUACUACUUACACUUCCGUAAAAUGAUUUUGCUAAUCAUCUAUAUGGAGGAUAGCUAUACGAACUAUCAGAGAGUCGAAUCCUUCGCCGAUUUCAUGCUUACAUCUCUUGCGGGAGUCAUAACCUCUCGACACUUUCAGACACGUAUACAAGUAUGCCACAGCUCAUCACCUUCAGGAGAAAAUGCAAGCUGGAAGUAUUUCUUCUUGGACGCAGUUGCUUUCCUGCAUGAGUCUGGUGCAGUAAAGGUCAUGGUCCAAGAAAUCGAGAAUGGACGAGCAACAGGGGGACGUCUCGCUCUGUACACGGCAGCGCUCUACCUCAUCCCACGACCCAGCAUUGAGGCAGUCAAGGCUCUCACGCCACUCUUUGAAAGCCCUCGCCCAGUGCCCUCGGUGCUGCUGGCAGCUGCUUCCAUGAUAAACCACUACUGCCUUCAUACUCCAGCUUGCCACCAGAAAGCUCCAGUGGCGAGAAUUGCAGAGAUUCUGGCCACCAGAGUCCAGAGUCACUGCUCUCCUUCUGCUGGUGCUGAGGGCGAGGAAGUACCCCUUGCAUUCUUCAAGGCAAUAGGGAAUAUGGGUGUAGCUACACCUGCCGUGACAAGGGCAGCCGUCCAAUGCAUUGAAGAAGAAGGACUGGAAACCAGCAUUCGGGUAGCUGCAGCACAAGCCUUCAGACAAGCCAAUUGCUUCCGUCCAGCAGUUGAAAAGCUAGUAGACAUUGCCGUCCGACCAGCCUUUGACACCGAAGUCCGCAUCGCUUCCUAUCUGGCAGCUGUCCGAUGUGCUGAACAGGAACACCUGGAGAAAAUUAUUGAGAAGAUUUCAAAGGAAGAGAAUACCCAAGUGCGUGGAUUUGUUUUGGGUCACCUGAUCAACAUCCAAGAGGGUAGCUGCCCCAACAAAGAAAACCUCAGGUACCUCCUUGCCAACGUUGUCAUCCCUACCGACUUCGAGAAGGACUUCAGGAAAUUCUCUCGACAUAUAGAUAUGGCUUACUAUGCCCCUGCCUUAGGCAUGGGUGCCGGCCUCGAGUCGAACAUCAUCUAUGCUCCCGGAUCUUUCAUUCCUCGUGCUGUUAACCUGAACAUGAGAGCAACUGUGGAUGAGACGCCCAUGGACAUAGCAGAGAUUGGUGCGCGCUUUGAAGGAGUCGAUUCCAUCAUUGAAGAGCUCUUGGGCCCACAGGGAUACCUACGCAAAGCAACAUUUGGAAAGAUUAUGGAGGACAUUACGGGUUUUGCAGGAGAGAAAGGCCUCAAGAUCAUGGAGCACUUCAAGCACACAAUGAGGACCAGGCGAUCCAUCGAUGCUUCUGUCAUCUCCGACUUCUUCGGCAAGCUGUAUGGUGAGAGCAGUUCGCACACCCACGCCGAUAUAUUCGCCCGGUUCAUGGGGCACGAGAUUACUUUCGCAGAUGUUGCCCAAAGCCUCAAGGGUGUCACAGCUGACACACUCAUUGAGACUUUCUUCUCUUUCUUCGAGAAUUCCUUGGAACAUAUGAAGGAUCUUAACCUGAACACAGCAAGAACUGCUCAGCUUUCCAUGGAUUACUCACUGCCCACCAUUCAGGGCACACCACUCAAGCUGAACUUAGCUGCAACUGCUGUUGCUGGCCUCAAGAUGGAGGGCAACGUCAACAUUGCCAGAUCCUCUCUGACCUGGGCAAUUCCCACGCACAAGGUGUGUCCAGGCCUCUGUACAAGCCACUGGUUGUUGUGA